UCACAGUGUCGGCGUCUGCAGGAGCUUACAGGGCAAGAGUUCACCAGUCUGUCGCUAACUCGGGGAGUUUCUCUCAGUUUGAUGAUAGCUGACGAAGUUUAGAGGCAAAAACCAGACUCAUGUGGUCUUCAAAGGAAUCGCUGAAAACUCUGCCACAGCCUAACUCAUGGAUAAAAGUUAAGCCUGCUACACUGGAUAAGUCCAGGCGGUGUUAAAUGCGCUGCUUUUAUUGACUUUAAGGACAGCAUCGACGAUGCCCUUUUAAACGGAGGGACUCCUCUGAGGGUUUUUGAGAGCGAGAGAGACGCUGACGUCAUGAUGUCCAUUGGAGCUGAUAGCUGACACUGUAGAAUGAGAGAGGAUGGAGCAGACGGACAACCCUGCCCCUGAGAUCAACAACCCUAAUGGGUUUGUCAACCGAGUGUUUAACGUUUCUCUGGAUGUGGAGAAUGAGACCAGCAGUGUUUGUAUUCAAGAGACUGGGCCAGGGCCUGAAGAGGGGCAGGGAGAGACCCAAGCUGCCUCAUCUCAGACCCCUGUCAAGGACAGACAGGAGGUCAACAGGAGGCCCCGUGCCACAGGGGGCAUCUGGAAGAUCUUGAACCGAAAAAGAGCUGUCUCGGAGCUGGAGCGAAGACCCCACUCCAUGAUCCUGCCUGGGGAGGCUUCCAUCCCUAAACUCUCAUUUGCUGACAAAGUUCGCUCCUUCAAGAAGCUUAAAUCUCCCUCAGUGUUCAGAGGAAAGACAGGAAAACUGUCCACUUCCAAGUUUAGCAGCUCCUUGGUGGAUGAGGAAUCUUUCUGCCGAGAUAUUGGCACUCCACAGCAAUCCAGCAGGGGUACACUGAAACACCGUGGUAAGAGACACUCUUAUGCUGGCUACACAGCAGAAUUUGACUGCUCAUUUGAAGACCUUGAUCUAACAGCUCCUCCAGACAGCCAACAGCCCACUGUGCUGUUAGAGACUAUAACUCAGAAUGGUUGUAAACCAUCAGAACGUGUUUGCUAUACCAAAAGAACCCACAAUAAUUCAACAAACUGUAAUAAAGCUGCUGCAGUCAGUGAAGAACCUAGCGCUCAAUGUAGCCCAAGCACCCGACAGGGAAGAGGAAGGAGGCACAAAGAUGUGUGGAGUUACCUGAGGAGGAUUUCGCUUUUAGGGAAGAGCAAUGCUGCCUAUUCAGAGAGGAGUUUUGACUCUGAGCUCCCCUCUUUGGAUAAAACUUUGGACUCAGACUAUGGUUCUGUGGACUUUGACAGUGUCAGAGACUUUCAACCUCCACGCCCAAAAAACUCUGACACAAAGGGACACUUUGGGGGUCUGUUCAAGUUUUUUAACAGUGUUGCAGAGACGGCCAGGAAAUGGCGGACAACAUCCCACUCCUUCUCUCCUCCAGAGGGGGCAGAGAGGACACAGAUGAGCUCCCCUCGAGCCGCACAGCGCAAAGUGGACAGCAUUCAUAGUGUGUCCCUGACACUCCACAGUGAAGGACUCUCAAACACCCAGCCUAUACCGUCAUCACCAGUGACUGUUAAAUCCUCUCACUCCAGUAGCCUUGACAGUGAGACACCAGCACCUGCAGCAGGAGGAGGAUCCCCUAAGGUGGUUCUAAGAGCCUUUAGGGCAGGCCCAGGAUCUCGAGUUGUCAAUGGCAUUAAGAGUUCUGAGUGCACAGACAAACUUAUAGAUAGUGAGAUGAAUCACAUAUCCACAGCCUUAGUAGAGAAUCAUUUCUCCCAACCAGGUCCAAACACAGAGACUAAAAAAGAAGCAGAGGUUGAAAAAGCACCAUUAGAUUGUGUCUGUGAGGAGGAAAAGGUAGAGAGACAGCCAGGAAAUGAGCAGGAUUCCAGGGAUACUCCACCUGACUCCCACCAGAGACAGGAAGUGAACGUCCAAUCACAACAAGGUGAUAAAGAGAGCACAACCAAUAGCGUACCAACAUCAGAUUCUACUGAGGAAAUAUUUAAGCUGUGUGAGCAGAUUGCCAGCAAGACAAGCUCCAGUGUGAGACAGCCGUGCCCAGCAGGGCCCCACUCUAGCACAGAGAAGACCUCUGUAUCUCACAGGCCCCUGCGCCCUCGUCCCCGCCCGGCCUCUGCUGUACUGGACCUCGGGAGGCCCAACCUGGACCGAGAGCUCUACAACCAUUACAGUGAGGUUGGCUCGCUGUGCCGGCGAAGACGCAGGCCUAUUCCCACAAUGCUUCACUCUCCGGGGCAGAGACGGACGGCAGCUCGCUCCAGGCCUUGCUCUGUCAUAGAGACCAGUGUUACUAGGGAGACGCAGUCCAUGGAGUUGCACCACAGAGCCUUGUCUCGCCCACCUGGUGUGUCACCAUUAGAGCCCCCACUCAGGGCAUCUCUCCAGCGGUGCCGCUCGCUGCCGCUGCCCCCGAGCACUCUCACUGCCUUGGCGCUGCUCCUGCCUCAGUCAGACAUUGGUCAGUCAUCAUCAUCAGUGCGUCUGCGAUCAGGAGGUUCUGGGAGCUGCAGGAGGAGGCUGUUGAGGCCUGGUUCAGAACCGCUGCAGGUCAACAUUUUGAUAAGUGGAGGUUCAAUCGUCAACGCUGAGGCGGUAUGGGACCAUGUGACCAUGGCGGACCGGGAGUUGGCGUUUAAGGCCGGUGACGUCAUCAAGGUGCUGGACGCCUCCAACAAAGACUGGUGGUGGGGCCAGAUUGAUGAGGAGGAAGGAUGGUUCCCUGCCAGCUUUGUACGGGUGGAACCCCACCCUCCUCAGCCCCAAACAAAACAGGUUUUCUAUAUCAACCCCAUAGCAACUCCACGGUUCCAAAACACAACGUCAAAGCUGUGGGUGAACCAGGAGGAUGGGGGCGCAGAGCCAGCAGAGGGGACCAGCGAGGUGCAGAACGGGCACCUGGAUCCGACCAAUGACUGCCUGUGUUUGGGCUCGCCCCUUCAGAACCGAGACCAGAUGAGAGCAAACGUCAUCAAUGAGAUCAUGAGCACAGAGAGACACUACAUCAAACACCUCAAGGACAUCUGUGAGGGCUACCUGCGCCAGUGCAGAAAGCGUGUGGACAUGUUCAAUGACGACCAGCUGAAGGUCAUCUUUGGGAACAUCGAGGACAUCUAUCGCUUCCAGAUGGGAUUUGUUAGAGACUUGGAGAAACAGUACAACACAGAGGAACCACACCUCUCUGAAAUUGGACCUUGCUUUUUAGAACAUCAAGACGGUUUUUGGAUCUAUUCUGAAUACUGUAACAACCACUUGGAUGCCUGUAUGGAGCUGAGCAAACUGAUGAGGGAUGGAAGGUACCAGCACUUCUUCGAAGCCUGUCGUCUCCUCCAGCAAAUGAUUGACAUCGCCAUAGAUGGCUUCUUGCUCACCCCUGUCCAGAAAAUCUGUAAAUAUCCACUCCAGUUGGCGGAGCUUCUCAAGUACACUGCACAGGAGCACAGUGACUAUCGAUACGUGGCAGCAGCACUGGCAGUAAUGCGGAACGUCACUCAGCAGAUCAACGAGAGGAAGAGGAGGCUGGAAAACAUCGACAAGAUCGCCCAGUGGCAGGCCUCUGUUUUGGACUGGGAGGGAGAUGAUAUCUUGGACAGGAGCUCAGAACUCAUCUACACUGGGGAGUUGUCAUGGAUCUAUCAGCCGUAUGGACGCAGCCAGCAGCGAGUCUUCUUCCUCUUUGAUCACCAGCUGGUCCUCUGUAAGAAGGACCUGAUACGCCGGGACAUCCUGUACUAUAAGGGACGCAUCGACAUGGACCGCUACGAGGUGCGGGAUGCCAUAGACGGGCGUGACGAUGACUUCAACGUCAGUGUGAAAAAUGCAUUCAAACUGUGCAACAAAGACAGCGAGGAGAUCCACAUCUUCCUGGCCAAGAAGCCAGAGGAGAAGAUUCGCUGGCUCAGGGCCUUCCAUGAGGAGAGGAAGAUGGUGCAGGAGGAUGAGAAAAUCGGUUUUGAGAUCUCUGAGUACCAGAAGCGACAGGCGGCCAUGACAGUGAGAAAGGUGACCAAACAGAAAGGUGUAAACAGGUGCACGCCCCCCUCAUACCCGCCCCCCCAGGACCCCCUCAGUGCGGGGCAGUAUGAGGUAACGGAGGACAUGGCACAAGGAGAGGUUUUUGAAUUCAAUCAAUCCAAAAGAGGCCAGGCUCCUUUCUGGCAGAAUUUUAGUAGAUUAGCUCCAUUUAAGAAAUAGAGAUUCACAGACUCUUCUGAAGGACCAGCUAUUUUUCUUAGAAGCACUAAACACUGGAUGAUCAUGUCCCUUGAUGAAGAAAAAUAUGGAAAACACACCUACACAAGAGACUUCAAAGGACCAAUGUUAAUACAGAGUGUGAUUGAAAGCAGCAAGAGGACUGAAGACUUGAGAAAUUGCGAAAAAAUAAAACUUUACAAUUCAUAUAUGUUAGUAACGUUCUAAGUUAUCAUGCUUCUUCAGUUGAGUCGACUGUCAUGAACUCUUUCCCUUGGUUUCUGCAUAUUCACACCAUCUGAAUGUCCUGGAGUCAUAGAGAUUGUUAUAUUAUUUCAUUUUUAAACCAUCAUCUGGAAAGAACCACGGGGUCCAGCCAGGGCAUUCUAGUAGUAUGAUUGUUUUCCAAAAGCUGGGAUCUUGCUGUGCUGCUAUGUGAGAUUGCUCGCUGCAUUCUUCUGAAUGUGAGAUCAAAUAAUGACGGGGCCUCAGCUACCGGCUGCGGCGUCUGAAGGACCUGCAAAGCUCAACUGUCAGCAUCUUCUCUGAGUUAGAUCCAUUCUGCCACCGAUCACAGACUGCUCAGGCAAUCUCCGCUUCACUGAUGUCUGCAUCUGGAUCUCACUCUCUCAACGCUUCACACUUCUCUCUAGCUGUUUGCGUAUAGUAGCCCUCUCUUCACCGAGUGUGACGCUCACAGAGUCUCCCUCUCUCUCCACAUCCCUCUCUUGUCCUUCCUAUCUCUCUACCCACCUGCUCAGCCUCUGUGAGUCAGUGGCUCUCAGAGGAAGAGCUUCAUUCUUCUGGAAACCUGCCAUUGGCCAUGAUACGACGGGUCAGGGAACAAAUCAAUAGUUGGAACAUCAGUAGAAUAUUUACAUCCUCUCACCAACCACUUUUGACAGGGUAUUCAUAACCAAUCACACCGGGGGCGGGGGCUAUCGGGUUGAGUUCACGCAGAGUUGCCGCUCAGAUGAAACAGCUGAGAGCAGGAGAUAGGCAGGCUACGGUCCACCUGCCUUGUGUUAGAGCCCUUCCCCACUCUCCCCAGAGACCACCCCUGUAGCACUGUGCUGGCAGCUCACUGGGUGUUUGGAAAGAGCACAGCCUACCUCCAGAAAGAGCUAAAAGUGAAGCUGAUGAAUUGGCCAAGGUGUAAAAUAAUCUCUUUCUCACGUCAGCUGUAAAAAAGCAGUUGACUUGUUUGUAU